AUGUCGGGAAUAAAUACUCAAUUAAUGAAAAAUUCAGAUUUAGUUUUGCCAUUCGAUGGUAAUCAUGAACGACAACAACAUGAUCAAGUUGUAUUCGAAAAUGUUGCUGAUCAUUAUAUCAAAGGUGAAGAUGUUACAGCUCAUUUUACAAUUUUAAAUGAUCUUAAGAUCAAUUCAAAUGAUGAUCAAAUUGGUUUAUUACGUGUUGGUUCAACAAAUAUUCAAGAAUNAGGUGAAGAUGUUACAGCUCAUUUUACAAUUUUAAAUGAUCUUAAGGUCAAUUCAAAUGAUGAUCAAAUUGGUUUAUUACGUGUUGGUUCAACAAAUAUUCAAGAAUGUUUAGCAUAUGCACCUGUUCAAUUUAAUUCAUCAACAACAUCAGAAUCAACUCGUCAUGGUACAGCAAUAUUUUCAUCAUCAUCAUUACCUGUAACAGAUGAUGAAUUUUAUCAAUUUUGUUAUAUUAUUGAUAAACGAAAAUGUUUUGGUUCAUCAAUUCCAUUUCAAUUAAAUUGUUCAAUUGAUGAUAUUGAUUUAUUAACAAGUACAUUAGUAGAAGCAUCAUUAGAAAAAAGAUCCAUGCAAAUGAAUAAUGAUGGUCUUAUUGCAUUACAAGAUAAUGAUAAUGAUGAUCUUGUUAUUAUACAUACAAAACGAAUGUUAAUUGAAGAAAAAUUACGUCAAGAAAAUCGUCAAUUAUUAGAAAUAAAUCGACGUUUAGAACAACAAAAAGAUGAAUGUAAAGCUAAACUUGAUUUAUUAGAUUUAAAAUCUAAUGAAUAUAUUAAUAAAGUUAAAAAUGAUAUGCAAGCUCUUGCUGCAAGUCAUAAGGUAGCUAUUGAUGAAUUAUCAUCACGUCAACGUUUGGAAGCUAAAUUACGUAAAGAAUAUGAUGUUUGUCGUACAUUAUGUAAUCAAUAUCAAACUGAAUCAUUACAAUUUGCUGAACGUUGUCGUAUACUUGAAGAUUUAAAUACACAAUUAUCUAAUGAAGAAGAUAAAUUACUUUCUGAAUUAUCAAUAAAAACAAAAUUAAAUGAAGAACAAUCAAUACAAAUGACUGAUUAUGAAAAACGUUUAUUACAAUCAAAUGAAUUAUUAAAAGCAGCAAAUAAAUAUCAAUCACAAUUAGAACAACAAUUACGUGAUUUACGUUUAACAACAGAAAAAUAUCAAAUGUCAAUGCAAGGACAAAUUGAUGCAUAUACAAAACAAGCAUCACAACAAGAAAAUCAAAUACAUGCAUUAGAAACAGCAAAUAGUUUAUUAAAAGAAGAAUUAAAUUCAGUUAAAACUGAUAAUACAUUUUUAUUAACAAUGGCUAAACAAGAUAAACAAUUAACAAAUGAAUUACAACAACAAAUAAAUGAUUUAAAUGAAAAAUAUCAAUUAGAUAAUGAAAAAAAACAAAAUGAAUUAGAAAAACUUCGAAAAGAAUUCGAAGAAAUAAACGAAAGUCAAAAUGAUUAUAUGAUAUUAAAAAAUUCAUUUAAUGAAAUUGAAAAACGUUGUGUUAAACAUCAAAAAAGUGAAAUUGAAGUUAAAAAACAAUUUGCAAUCUAUAAAGAAUUUGUUGGUGACUUAGAACGUAAAGUUCAAGAUUUAACUGAACGAUUAUUAGCUGGUGGUGAUGAAUAUAAAGCUCUUUAUCGUAAAUAUGCAGCAAUUUGUCCUUGCAUUGACAUUUGAUAUUUUUCUGUUGUUAAACGUAAAUCACGUAAUUGUUGUUCUAAUUGUGAU